CGAGGAGAGGAGGAACUUGAAGACAAAGACUCUUCAUCGCGCAUCUGCGCUAAAUAAAAUAAAAAGAAGCUCCAUGGUGACGAGCGAGAAAUGUUUGUUUAUUUGUAUAAAGCAAGUUAUAUAUGACAUUUAUUUUCGCGUAACAGAUACUUUUUCACAAUCCAGAUGAAUUACCGAAUAUUUUUUGAAUACAAGUUAUAUUGAAAGAGUGAGCUUUGUGAUGACUUAUUUCAUGAGAUUCUUUUGGUUCUACUCCCAAGUAAAACAUAUGUACUUUUUCUUUCCUUGGCAUUGAAAAAAUGUUUUUCUAUCCUCCUAUGAAUAUUUCCAGCUGACUAAUUGUACUGUGAAAAAAAUUAUUUUGAACUGACUGUAGUCUAAAAUCAGUUUAUUCAUUUCUUAACAUGAACAUAGUGCUGGGUCAAAUUAAGUUGCUGUUUAUGAUCUGAAUAGUGUCAAAAAAAAAAAAAAAGUAUGUAAUUUGUUUUUCUCGAAAAGUUAUUUUGCAUUUCAUUUUCUUAAGUUCGAUGGAAAGUUUUAAUUUGUUUUGUUGUAGAAACUGGAAUAACUUUAAAUAAAGUUAUUUACUGCUGCAGUUUAUGAGAAAAGAGCUUAUAGAUCAGGUACACUAUUUUAAUUGAAUCAAUUAUCAUAAUGCUAUGCAUAUAUUAUUUUUAUGCCUCUACUGUUAAACAGAAUUUUCAUUGAACUGUUGAAAUGAAUCUCCUAGCAUAUUGGAAAAUAUUAGUCAUGAAAAGGAUUAGAUAUUUUGUUGUGGCUACGCUUCUCAUCUUUAUUUUCAUUUAUAAUUUGAAGGGAUCAAGAAUUCAUAUUGAGUUUAAGAACCUUAUGGCUGGUGAUAUCAUUGAUUUCCGCUAUGCGAACAACAUAACCGGAUAUAAAAAUCCAAUUAUCCCCAAUAUAGUACAUUAUGUACAAUUUGAUAGUAGAGAACUAAAUUUUAUUCAAGUUAUAAGCAUAAAAGCUGUUUAUUUACAUCAUCACCCAGACAAAAUCUUUAUUCAUUGCAAUUGCUUCUCCCUUAAAGGCAAAUAUUGGAAUAUGUUACAAAAUAUUUCAAUUAUAGAGAUAAAAUACAUGGAGAAACCCACACAUAUAUUUGAAAAACCUCUUAGUUCUGUGUAUCAUUCAUCUGAUAUUGCACGAUUAAAAAUACUAAUGGAAUACGGAGGCAUAUUUUUAGACACUGAUACUUAUGUUGUGAAACCUUUAGAUUAUUACAGAAAAUUUGAAAUGUCAUUAGGAUGGCCACCUGGUCAAAAUCUUGGCACUCAAUUACUAAUAGCGCAUAAAAAUGCAAGAUUUUUAAGACUUUGGUACAAUUCUUAUAGAUAUUACAGAAGAGAAAGAUGGUAUUACAAUGCUGGAGAACUUCCAACUUCUUUUAUUUUAGAACGUAUGCCUUAUAUUGUACACAGGGUACCAUAUGAUUUUGGAGUGCAUAAUCUUGUUCAUCUUUUGUAUGGUACUAGAAGUGCUGACUGGAAAAGCUAUCAUAGUAUCCACUUAUUAGUAAGGCAUAAAAAUUACCUCCUUCCAGGAGAUAGUGUCUUAGAAUUUGAUGAAAACAAUAUUAAGAAAUAUAAUAGAACAUUUGGUGAUAUGGCUCGAUUAGUUCUGUUUGGAAGCUGUGAUAUGCUGUAA